GGUAUAUACCUAGAGUGCUGGAUCAGGGAGUCAAGAAGACUUGAGUUCAAAUCCCACUUCUGAUACUGUAGGCAAAUCAUUUAAAUCUUCGAAGCUUAGAACAACUGAUAGAAUUGUUUUGACGGUAAAAUGAGAUAAUUUGUAUAAUGCUUGAAAGCUGAAAAGAGCUCAAGAAAUAUCUUUCCUAUGAUUUCAUAGGAGGGGUUAAAGGGUACAUGAAAUUAAUAUUCCCUGGCACAUGACUGCAAAGUAAAUAAAAACUUGGUAUAAAUUUUAGUGUAUAUUAGUACUGACUGUGACUGUGGUUACAAAGGAGUGCAUUCUUUUUAAAAAACCUUACUUUUUUUUUUUGCUUUGAAUUCAUUUAUUUAAUUAAUUUAGCAUGUUUUUGCAUGGUUACAUGAUUCAUGUUUUUUCCCUCCUCCUUCCCUCUCCCCCCAUAGCCAAUGAACAAUUCAACUUGAGUUUACAUGUAUCAUUGAUCAAGACCCAUUUCCAUAUUAAUAUUUGCAAUAGAGUGAUCAUUUAAAGUCUAUAUCCCCAAUCAUAUUGCCAUUGAACCAUGUGAUCAAGCAAAUGUUUUUCUUCUGUAAAACCUUACUUUCUGUCUUAGUGACACCUCUAAGACUGAAGGGCAAAGGCUAAUCAUGCAAUAUAUUAAAUAACUUGCCUAGGUUCACACAGCUAGGAAGUAUCUAGCUGCCCCACAAAGGGGUGUGUUCUUAAUGCGACAUGUAAUAGAUAUUAUGUCAUCAGUAGAUUAGAUAGCAAAACACAUGACUAACAGGUGAUUUGAGUUUCAUUUUGGUAUUCGAUCUUAAAGACUUACGUGCCUUUUAAAUACAACUGGUUUAAAUUCAUGAGAAAUCAAAUGUUUCCAAGGAUGAUUUUUUUUUUCUGAAGAGACUUUGAAUUAAAGGAAGAUUUGUAGUGAUAGAAAACAUUUACAUUUGUUGUGGAUAAGCAAUUUAAACUUUCUGUUGCACAAAAGGAGCUGGAUCCAAAUCCAACCAACUUCAGCAUUAAGGUGCCAUUAUUUGGGAUAAAGGAAGAAUAUUUUGUUUAUUUUGAAAUAGACAAUUGAAUGCUCCACAUUCACAUCUAGUGUUAUAACAUCGGUUCUUUAGGAAAAAAUUAUUGCAAUUAGUUACUUUAGAUUCAGUUUUCUAGUUUCAUUCACUUUCUUAUGAGAAGCCUUGAGUCAAUAGAAGUUAAAAAUCAGUUCUAUAGUGAAGAGUGUAUUAAUAUGAGAUAAUAGGAAGCAGGCAGCCAAGAACUAUAUAGUGUCUGUCUCAUAAUGGGAUUUACAAAAUUGAAUUUUUUUAUAUUAGUUCUUGGCAUUCUAAUCUAUAUAACUGAUUUAAUAAUGGACAUCUGGGUGUCUGUGAAUUUUUUCUGCAAAGGACAGCAUAUUUUUGGCAUUUUAACAAUGAGCUUUAUGCUUAUUGCAGCAGGAAUAGUCCAGUGUUUUAGUUUUAUGUGGUACAAGGAAGAUUAUCAGAAAAUGGGUCAGAAAGGGCCCAGUUGCAGUCUUCUUAUUCAUUGCUUUCAGGGAGGAAUUUUUAUAAGGUAUUGGUUUGCUUUGCGGAGGGGGUACCAUUUGGCUUUCCAAUGUAGCAGCUCAGAUGGCCUCUCUGGGAGGCCAGCCCUGACACAAGACCCCACAGACCUCUCUACUCCCAGUAGAGAAGAAGGAGCUGACGCCCAUCAGACAGUGAUAAAUGAAGUGACUGACUUGAGCAUGCUCAGGCUAUUUGAAAUCUACCUGGAGGCCUCCCCACAACUUAUGAUUCAGCUUUACAGCCUCAUGGAAUCUGAUCAAGCUGACUGCAUUCAGGUUGCUGCUAUCGUGACCUCUUGCUGUGCUAUUUCCUCGGCAACCGUUGAUUAUCACAUCGCCCUAAGAAAAUCUUUACCUGAUAAAAAACUCCUUAGUGGAUAUUUUCCCAGAUUUAUAUACUUCCUAUAUAAGCUACUUACAUUUACAUCUUGGAUCCUGACUGUUGGUCUUCUAACCGUGAUAAGUAUUAAUUUGAGCUUAAUUCUGCUAAUUAUCCUUUGGAUAUUAGGCAUAAUGUGGGCUUGUAAACAGAAAACUACAUUUUGUACCUCCAAGUGUAUGGAGAUUUUAUACAGAGGAGUUGUUGGAUUCAUUCUGAUUUUUACAUUUUUUAAUGUUAAGGGAGAAAACACAAAAUUCCCCAUGUCUGCUUAUUAUGUCAUGAGGGCGCUGGCCACACUGGGGAUCUUGGUGGUGUUUUGGUCCUGCAUACCACCUGAUGAGUAUCAAGAAUUCUUCAGAGAUUUUACCAUUACCAUAGUUGCAGCUGUAGCUUUUCUGCUUGGCAUUCUUUUUCUUAUUGCUUAUUACACUUCAUUUCACCCAAACAGAAGAGAAGAAAAGAAAAUAUUUGAUGAAGUGGAUGGAAGGAUACCACCAAGAGCCUGUAGAAUAAGAAAUUUCCUAAUGCCAUAACUAUAUCUAGCUAUCUGUUUCUGGGAUGUGUUUGUAUUUCAGGGUUGUCAGGAAUUCUGGAAUAAUGAAAGGAAUUAACUAUGCUUUGUUCCCCUUUGAGAGUUAUGAGGAAGUAACAGUAAUGACCUCUGGGGUAAACAGCACUUAGGAGAAGGGACUUAUCACUGGGAAGUAUGGUGGAAACAACUUAAUUGUCUAUCCAAGGCCAUGAAAGAUAAGUCAACAAGUUGUUAUCAAGUACUGACAGUUUUCUCACAGAAAUGUUUACAGAAACCGACAUAUUAGCUUUUGAAUUGUUUACUACAAAGAGUUUGUUUUUCAUAGUAAGUGAUGAAAAUAUAUGUAUUUUUAUAAUUAAAUACAACAAAUAAAGUUCCACUACAUUUUCCCUG